CUUCAAUAUAAACCAUAUGACGCGCUUAAAUAGAUUACGGCGCACUAAACGUCCUGACUUGGAAGGCUGCCAACUGACGGGAUAAUUCGGCUUGACGGACGGUCAGGCUGCAUAGUUCCUUCUUAAUGGGGCCUUUAUGGCGCAAGUCGCCGUCUCUGCGCCCACCUUGCUAUGGGACGCUGUGUGCUGUUGGAAACGACACUUAUGGACGAGGAAAUGCUGCCGUCGACUAUACCACACUAUCAUCGACAUAUGGUGACCCCUUGCGAACGUUAACCUUCCUUCUUCCCAAUCUACGAUAUAGUCAGGCGUCCCCAAUGACAACUAUCCACCGAAAGUGCUGCUUAUUUUGGUACCUGCUUCUGGUAUUCUUUCGGCUGCACACUUUACUCGGCUGGCCGAACGGCUUAUGGAGAUGCACGGUUUUUCCAAGCCAUGGCUCUCCGCUCUCUCAACUUCCUCAAUUUCUCCUGUCUCCUCUCUCCAACCUGAAGUCUGUGGUUGCAAAGAUUGCCCAAGAUAUGACUUCUCUUCGAGAACCGCCAGUUAUUCGCUUCUACUGGUAGCAGCCAGCUCCUUUAUCAUCCCAGAGUUCAGCAAGGCCAUCUAACCGGCAUGUCUAGUUUACACACUCAACUCGCUCCAACACUGCCGCCACCUGCUGGUAUCACACCACCUUUGGUGCUAAAGCCUGUUGCUACAUCUACCCCUGCUCUUUCAUCUCUAAAGAGAACAAACGGGUCAGCCCAAAGAUCAGUGCGACAACUCUUCGUGGAAACUCUAACCCCGGUCGCACAUAUUACGUCUGCGACAACUGGAGUGGCAGGCGUCUUUUGGUCAAUACUGGUGCGCAACUGAGUGCCAUUCCUCGCACCACAGGCGGUCGUUGGUGCCCUAAUCCCAGUCUCUUCCUUCAGGCCGCCAACACCUCGCCAAUCGCCACCUGCUUAUUCUCGCCGCCUCAAGUCUGCACGUCUUGCUGCCGCCAAGGCGGAGUUCGAGCACAUGCUUCAGGGGGGCAUCAUCCAUGAAUCUGAAAGCCCAUGGGCCUCACCCCUCCAAAAUUACGAUUGAUCAUGGCGCCCAGUUUGAAUCUGACCUCUUCGAGUCUCCUUUCUCCUUUUAGGUUGUACUCGCAUCCGCACUACAGCCUAUCAUCCGGCAGCCAACCAGAUGGUCGAGCGGUUUCUCUGCCAGUUAAAGGCAUCCCUACGUGUCACAGACGAUCCGGAUAACUGGAAGGCCCACCUUCCCCUGGUCCUGUUGGGCGUCCGCUCCUCUCUCAAGUCGGACUUCGACUGCUCCGCCUCUGAAUUGGUGCUCGGCACCACCGUCCGACUUCCUGGCAAGAUGAUCCCGCCAACCAUCGAGAUGAGGUCGAAGAUCCCACCAACCUCCUGCACUGUCUUCGGAACUGAUGUGGACACUCCCCGGUUCCGCCCAGACCAUCUGUCUCCAAGUAUUACCUCGAGAAAAACUUGGCGACGUGCUGGCGAAGUCAGGUAGGCCAGCCACCGAAACUACCCUACGAUGGCCCCUUCCGAGUUACCUCUCGUAGGACAAUGAACUUCCGCAUCCAACGCGGAACUCGCGAGGAGAUCGUGAUCAUGGACCGUCUCCGAGCUGAUUUCCCAAACACUCUUCCGGAUGAGCCCUCUGAUUCCAUACCCCCUGCCCCAUCUCCUCGACCCUCUUUCGCUCAGCCCCGUAUCCUCCUUCUUCCUCCAUAG